AUGGAAAAUAGAGAAAUUUUUGAAGAUGAUAAUGCAUCGAUUAUUGGUAAAAAACGCAAAAGAAAUUUUAUUCAUGAACGCUAUCCGAAGCGCCGUAUCGCUUUAAUGUUUCUUUAUUUUGGAUGGAAUUAUGAAGGGCUUAUUUGCCAGCCAAAUACACCUAACACUGUAGAAGAAGAAUUAAAGAGUGCUUUAUUAAAAACUUGUCUCAUUGAAGAUUGGGAAACAUGUGAAUGGAAUCGAUGUGGAAGAACGGAUAAAUUUGUGUCAGGAUUUCGACAGAUUGCAUCUCUUAUCGUGAGGUCAACUGAUCCUAAGGGCAAAUUCGUUUUUUGCAAUGAGUCAAUAUUAGAUGAUAAGCGGUUUAAAGGAUCGGAAUUGAAUUAUACUAAAAUAAUGAAUGCUGUCUUACCAAAAACAAUUCAAAUAAUCGCAUGGGCACCAGUGCCAAAAAUUUUUAAUUCUCGUUAUGACUGUAGUCGACGAACUUAUAAAUAUUUCUUUCCUGUUGCGGAUUUUGAUUUGAAUGCAAUGAGAAAAGCUUGUACAUACUUGAUUGGAGAGCACGAUUUUCGAAAUUUUUGUCGAAUCGAUCGCUCGCAUAUUAAAGAAAAUUAUGUUCGAAAUAUUUCUAAGCCUUACUGCAUGGCUGAAUUAACAAUAAUAGCAUCUGGUUUUUUAUGGCAUCAAAUUCGCUGUAUUAUGGCCUUAUUAUACGAAGUUGGGAAAAGCCGUGAAACUCCUGAGGUUUCUAUUUUUGUUGAUCUAUUGGAUAUUACGAAGAUGCCAUCGAAACCUGUUUAUGGUUUGGCAUCUGGGAUUCCUUUAUGCUUUUACGAUUGUUCUUUUGAUAAGACGGAUUUCGAGUGGAAUUGGGAUAUUGAUGCAAUUAGUAAAGUAAAAAAUCAUCUCUUGUCGUCAUGGGUCGAUUUACAAUCUAAUAUGGUUGAUGGACUUAAUUCGAUGGUGCCAGGUCUGCCAAGCGAUUCACAUGGUCUUGCUGAAUUUUUGAAACCAUUUGGUUCGCCAUCAUCCAAAAUAUAUAUUCCAAUUAAUAUGCGACAAAGCUGUAAUAUUUUAGAAGAUAAAAAGGGAAAAUUUGCCGAAGAAAAAUGA